UGCUCUCUGCAUUUCUCACAUCCCAUCACACCCAGCGAGACAGCCCCCUCCUCCUGGCUCAUUAGGGGAUUUGAUUCGGCUUGGCUCCUGCUGCCAGCAGCUGUCUGGGGCACGAUUUUUAUGCUCCCGGCUCCCUGGGCAGCAACCAGUCUCCAGCCAGCAGCAGAGUGCAUGAGAAGAGGGCCCCCUGGACACUUGAUUUCACUGGUGGCCGGAAAGAGUUAAUACCUACGGCUUUGCUGCCCCCAGCACAGCCUCUGGGUGCAGAGAGAGGCAGCUCUGGGCUGUGGGGACCUCUCCCUGAGCUUCAGCCAAAGGAGCCAGGAGCAGCGGAGUGAAGCAGAGGAGGAAGAGCUCCUUAACUCGCAGCCUCUCUGACCAUCCCGUUGGCAAAGACCCGCAGGCCAUGAGGACUGGUCAAAGACAGUGAGAGGACGUGAAAGGGUCAACCCCUGUGCCCCGCGGCCCAAUCUCCCGCCCUGCCGUCCUUGCACACCGGCCAGAGGGUUGACCGUAAGCGGGUGCCUGUAUGGCCGCCUUGCUGAUGCCACGCAGGAACAAAGGGAUGAGGACUCGCCUGGGAUGCCUGUCUCACAAGUCAGACUCGUGUAGUGAUUUCACAGCGAUUCUUCCUGACAAGCCCAACCGUGCCCUGAAGAGACUUUCCACGGAAGAAGCCACGCGGUGGGCCGAUUCCUUUGACGUGCUUCUCUCCCAUAAGUAUGGGGUGGCUGCAUUCCGCGCCUUCUUGAAGACGGAGUUCAGCGAGGAGAACCUGGAAUUCUGGUUGGCCUGUGAGGAGUUCAAGAAGACCAGGUCUACUGCAAAACUGGUCUCCAAGGCCCAUAGGAUCUUUGAGGAGUUUGUGGAUGUGCAGGCUCCGAGGGAGGUAAACAUAGACUUCCAGACCCGAGAGGCCACGAGGAAGAACAUGCAAGAGCCAUCCCUGACUUGCUUUGACCAAGCCCAGGGAAAAGUACACAGCCUCAUGGAAAAAGACUCUUACCCCAGGUUCCUGAGAUCCAAAAUGUACUUAGAUUUGCUGUCCCAAAGCCAGAGGAGGCUCAGCUAGACCUCAGAUGGGGACUCUUGGAGAUCAGCGGCUUUCCCUGCCCCUUGCUGCCAAGACCAUAUUCUAACAUGAAAUGUCAUAGAUGUUCAAAAGCAGUGGCGUUUAGGUUGGGAGGCUGGGGGUGAGAAGGGGAUGAGGCCAUUCCGAAGUGUGAUGCAGUCACCGCAACUGGGACUCUAUUUCAUUACCCAAGGCUGUGUUUUGGUUAGCGGUCGCACUCUGCUGCAGUCGCCCUUCCCUGGGUGAGCAGCUUGCCCUCCAUGCCUUGGGUCAUCUCCGCCGAGAAGGCAGAUUCGCUAGGCUGGGCUGAUCUGUACAGAACACAAAUGCAGUCUCCAUCCCUUCCACACCCUCCUCAGUCAGGAUUCCUGACUCUCGAGCUUGCCCUAUACCCCUGAGAGGAAUAACGGGAAGGCCGGCUCACUUCUGAGCUUUGCGGUCAGUGUCAUGGCCAGUCCUGGGUGCUGGGACCUCACAGUUUAGGGGAGAGGCCUCUGCGGAACCCUGGGUUUCUAGCACUCUCGUUGGCAGGUGGCCCGUGGGAGAAGGGGCAAACUCCACAGAGUUGGCUGUUUCUUCCAUUCCCAUAGGACCAGUGUGAGAAGCUGGGCUCACUGCCCAUCCCAUCUUAGCCUAGGAAAUUCACAAGACCAACCCCCUACCCUUGCAAGACCCUUCCAGAAAGGGUCUUGAAGGGUGUCUUUGAUGACUUGUGAUGUGGAGCUGCUAUUAAGAAAGAUACAGCUUGCAAAUCUUCCUAAAUUCUACCAAGAAGUUUCCCAGAAGUUGAGCAAAUGUAGCACCAGUACACCCUUGUGCAACGGGGCACCAUAUAACCUUCCUGCUGCUUAAUAUACCCUCUGCCCUCGCCUCCCUGUGGCAUCACACAUCCCCGAUCUCUUAGAACGACAGACGGCUUAGCAAAGGGAGGUGAAUUCCCGAUAGCAUGGACAGCUCUCACGGUGCCUAAUACUCUCCCUGCCUCUCUCUGUCCCUCCUUCCAUGCAGGUCAUGUAAUUAUGAUGGGGGAGAAUGGGAACUUAGGCCAUAACUCUUUUUUCCAGCUUGCUUCCUGGGAACGUGCUUCCUUAGAAAGGUCCUUCUCAUGAGGGCCACCUUGCCUAUUCAGCAGCUUCCUCCUUGAUCUCUGACCUUUCAGGAUUGAACAUGAGGCUAAGGAGAUCACUGGGAACAUUUGAUUGUAGAGAACCUUCCUGAAAUGCUUUCAUGGAACCCUGGGGCUAUUCUUGGAAAUAUGUCAGGAAACUCUUUCUUGGAGGAUGAGCGAGACACAAGGAACCUACCCCAGCUACCCAGGAAAAAACUGACUUUGGCACAAGAUUGCAGUGCCAAGGAGAUGAAUUCUCAGUAGAGAGACCAGAAAGUGGAAGAGGACCCUGGAAGAAGCUGGUCUCCAGUGAACUGAGUCAUGAAGAAUGUGGCAAAGGAACUUUUGGGAUCAUUCAAAGACGAUGGAUUGGGAGGCAUGGCGGAUCUCCCAGACUUUUGGCUUGACUCAGUGGAACAGCAUCUGGAGUGCAGGUGGUUGAGAACUGGGCUGAAACGUUCUCCUUUCGUGGGCUGAUGCGCCUUUUUAGACACGAGGGACGGUGGAGGGCGGGUUCAAUGUUUGCGUUCCUGUCUAGAACUUUGCGACUCUCUCCCUUGGUUGGCUACAGCUAGACCAGGCCAGGGAGGCUCUCGAGUCCCACCAGUAUCGGGUCCACUGCCCUGCUCUGACGCAUUGUGCCCGUGAGGGAGAAUGUGUGUGUCUGUAUGAACCGCCAAGGAGAAAGGAAACACAUGCCUCCUAGUUCUCACACUGCAGAGACCCGUGGAACUUCAAGUUCAAGAACUCUGAAGCCUCAAAUGGGUAUUCCUAGUUAGAUCAGGUGGUAUUCCCCUGCCCCCACUGGUAAAAAAACAAAAACAAAAACCCAAACCAUCCUUAGCUAAAGCUGCCAGAAUUAACGUAAUGAUCAAAUUCUCAAACAGGGUAUUUUAAACAUUGUUUACAUAUGAAAUGUACAUCUGCUGCCAACUCUACUGUCAAAUAGGGGGUGUGCAUAGAAAUUGGAACAGCUGGAGUUAUGGAAAUCUGAAACAUUCGAAGAGGGGUCUUUUUACCACUUCCACUCUCCCCAGGAGAAAAGUCUGAACGAGAGUAUCAUGCAGUGGCCUCCCUGGGGCCCUAGAGUUCUUGCCAACUCUUGGAGGAAUGACGGCUACCAGAGGGUGGUGUUGUGGUGCCUGGCGACUUCCCCCCACGAGGGGGAGGCCUGAAGGACCAAGCUCGGGUAUCCUGAAUUUUGCUGCUAAGCGAGGGUAUGUGGGUGUGUGUAGAGGAACAGGAUAGCUAUAUUUAUCGUACUCCCAUGGAGUGUGUAUGCGCGUGUGAGACAAGUGUGAGCAUCAGACUAGUGAUCACAGAGAGGACCUUCCCGGGCGGUGGGGCUGUUCUCCCACCUUUAUAUCCCACUUCCCACAAAAGGCACAGAGCUCUGCGCUCUUGUGCCCACUUUCAGGCACUUUGGUCAUGCCAACCCAGAUUUUGUUCUGUGACAAAACAGAAAUGUUUACAACAUCUAGAGCAAUAUCCAAGCAUACCUCAUCCCCGAUCUUCCGCCUCCCCCGGUCCUGCCUGCUCUCCCACUUCCUCUUCCACAGCCCGUAUCGCCAACGUAGGUGGCCAUCCACGGGGGCCACUUCUUCCAUAUCACGUCUUCCUUUGCUCCUCAAGCCAGCUUGUGCUGUGGACUGACUUCUGGGCCUGAGGCCUGCUCUAGGCCUGGGACCUUUGAAGACCCAGGGCAAGUCAAGGCAGUGGGCUGGGUAAAUCUAUGACUUGGGGACUGUUCUCCAUUUUGAGUGGCCUUUUGGUCCUACUCAAGUUAAACUGUGUGGGGUCUGGUGUGGAAUUUCCUGUUGCCCUUGGCAAACCAAAUAGAGUGUGAUUAGUGACAGCUAUUCAUAGGCCCGGGCAUUGCUGAAGUGAGGAAGGGCCCUCUGAGCAGUAUUUAUUGCUAAAUGUGAGCACCGAGGAAGACCCCACCCCACUCUGGAAAGUCUGUUACCAGUGCUGAUUCCCAGGUUCCACACCCAGUGAUGCGGGUCCGACAGACCUGGGGCGCGACUCAGAAAUCUGCAUUUUUAAUAAGCUCCUAGGUGCGUAGGAGGCCAUACUUUGGUAUCUUGAAAAGAGACGGUCUAAGAUAGUGGCUCCCAUCCUUGGCUGCUCAUUGCAAUUAUCUGGGGGAGUUUUAAAAACCCAAGUGUCCCACCCGGUCCCAUCCCAGAACAGCUUGGCACUGGGACCCAAGGCAUUAAUAGUCGGUAAAGCUUCACUGGUGAUUGCAAUGUACAGGUGAGGUUAGGAAGCGUGGGCCUGAGGAGUGAGGAGGAGCGUGGCUGAGGGGAAAACACCACUGUGUGGGCCUGAGGGCGGGAGCACACCCGGACGCAAAUAAGCACAGCGACCUGGGACGCGCCAGCCCUGAGUCUGACGGUUGGCGUGGCCGCCUCGGUGCCCUUUCAGUCUGACUUGCUCCUUUGAGCUACAAGUAUCACGCUUCUGCCCUGGCCACACGCAUUGUCGGGCAGCAGGUAUGCCAAAAGUGGGGGCUGAGCGAGACUUGGUUAAGAGAGGUUUUGCCACGCCCCCCAGUCUUAUUCUCAGUGCUUCCUCCAAGCUGGCCUCCUGGGCUGUUUUGCAUUUGUUUGUUUUCAUGUAUUCUUAUAUUUGGCCAUUUCAUGCUAGACGGUGCCUCUGUCCCCAAGGCCAUGCGACAUGGCCUUGGAACAGUUGGAACUCAGGUAGUGGGCGAAGGAGGUGUGUGUUAGUCAUAACAGUGGUAGCUCAAUGACUUCCAGAUUCCUCAGAGGAGGGUGUCACAUCCUGGGAAUAUCAAGCUCUUCGAGGCUUUCUUUUCCAAGGCCAUGGUGCGGUUUCAAUUCCUGUCCCAAGCCCUCACUUUUCCCUCUUUGGCCUCACGCGGGAUGGGCAGCUGGAAAGAUGAUUUUACUCUCUGGUGCUCUCCCCAGAGCCUGCUGCUCUGAAUCAGCCGAAGCUGUGAGGCAGCAGUGUCCUGCCCAGGCUGCAGACCCUGGGCGCCGCCCCCCUGGGGAGGGCUGGGCCGGGGUCCGGACACUCCAGGUCCUGGGCUGUGAGGGGAAGGCGUGCGCCCUUUGUGUUGAGAGCUGGGCCAGGGUGAGACUGGGAAGACAAGAGGAAGGGGGUGGGGGAGGCAGGUGGCAACUGUGGUGUCUCUUCCAGAAGGGAGAGGUGACGAGAGGCACAGUCAGAGGCAGAAUGGUCUCCCAUCAACAAGCUCAGCCCACAGCUCUCCUGACCCUCUCUGUGCCCACAUCCAAGCAGGGCAGCGGAAUUAUGAUUUUCCAUCCAAUGCUGUCCUUCAAUCGGCCCAUGUCCAUCCUCUUUAAAUCUGCGUCCCUCCGGGUUGGAAGCAAGAGAGGUGUCAUCAAGAGCCCAUGCCACUUGGCACGAGGCUGUGGAGGAAGAACCCAAGAGCAGAGAUGUCUUCCUGCCCCUGUGGCCUCUCAGGACUUCAAUUGGAUUCUGUGGGCGAGACUGCAGGACGGGCCACUGGCCUUCCCAGGUCUGCAGGCUGGGUCCUCCCAAUAAACUGCCCUCUUCUUGAUUCUUACUCCCUUUGCCCCCUGCUCCCUCCCCUCUGCCAGGUGCAGAAAAGGUGGCUGGUCUCCGCGUGCUCACUGACCACGGUAGCAUUAGCUGAGUCACGCGGCGUGCACAACACAUUCGUAGCAGCUCAUCUGCCACAUGUACCGCUUGGCUGAUGGAGUCCUCAUUGAGUUGUUUUCAUUACCAUGCAAAGUGGAAUAAUGUCAUUCACCUUGACUAUAAACAAGGCUGUGAGACACAAUAAACAGAACCUAAACACGCUGCCCUUCGCUCUCUGCCCACAUUGCUGGCCGGCUGACUCUAUGAGGAAACGCUUCACAUAACACAUGGACUCCCCAGGGGAGCACAUGGCCUUGCCCAGCCGAGGCUGGCACGGGGCCAGCCACCAGGAAAGUGACAGCGGAGUGGGUGGAAAUGGAAUCGGCAUGGUUUGGAAUGAGGGUGGGGGUGGAGGGUGACUUUGGGUUAUGAGAAUGCCUUUGAAAUUGUAUUGUGCCAUACAAACACGAGCGGUAUUUGUAUUAGUACCACCUACUGCUAGAAAAUGCAGGGAGAGAAAAGGCUCAGGGGUGGCUGGUGUGUUUGUGCCGCUGGGCCACCUGAAAUGAAGUGGUGGAUCUUGUUUAUGACUGUACUCCCUUCAUACACUUGGGGUGUCCCUGAAAAGUGUGCAUUCGUCAUCAAAUCUUUGAAUGUCCCUGGUGAUUGGGCUCCGUGGUGGGGACCCAAGGAGAAGGAGGGGUAGUACCUGCUUGCAAAAGCUCAUUUUUCAGGCACAGCGAUG